AUGGCAAACCUAUCUGCCCUCGGCAGUGCCGAGGCGCAAUGUACAGCCGUCGCUACAAAGCGCGGAGAGGUACUGCUCAUCGCGGACACGCUGGGGAAGAGUCAUGAUGGCGAGAAGCAACUCUUCCAGGGCCUCACCUUCUCUGUUGUUGCAGCCCAUAACCCCGUGACGGCGUCCGUAUGCCGUUCUGCGCCGUGCACCGUGCUGCUCUAUGUGUGCUGUAUAUCCUACAGGGCCGGCGACAAGCUGGCAGUUGUGGGUCCUAACGGCAGCGGCAAGUCAACGCUGCUCAAAGUAUGUCACGGGUUACGGGAGGGGCGGGGGGAGGGCGGGAAGGGUAGGAAAAAGAAGAGCAGGGCGGGCAGGACAGCGGUGCUCGCCGGUCAGACGGAUUUCGACCAGGGCAGCAUCAGUCGCAACAAAGGAGCCCGUGUGGGUUUUCUUGCCCAGGAGCCCCCCCUCCCCGCCGGGGUGACGGUACUGCAAGCCGUACUACAAUCCGACUCGGACAUGGCCAGGGCCGUACAGGAAUACCAGAGAGCUCUGGCGACUGCCAACGGGGCCCUCACGAAGGAUUUGGAGGUGGCCAUAGAGAAGAUGAACACCUACAAUGCCUGGGAGAUAGACGGGGAGGCCAAGAGGGUGCUGGAGGCGGUGGGCAUUACCGACCUGAAUGCGCCGGUCGACAAGGUGCGGGAGCCCACCAACCACAUGGACGUUCACAUGAUUCGGUGGAUGGAGAGGGAGCUCAAGUCGGGCGACAUGGCGGUGGUGCUGGUGACGCAUGACAGGUACUUCAUGGAGGCGGUGUGUGACCGGCUGCUGGAGUUGGACGGGGGGAGGGCCUUCGUGCACAACUUUGGAGGAGCCAACAGCUACACCUUGUUUAAGGAGGCGAGGGAGUUCCGCCGCAAGUCCCAGGCCAACGCCGCCGCCGACGCGCGCACCCUGUUCCGGCGGGAGGCGGAGUGGAUGGCCCGCCAGCCCAAAGCCCGCCAGGCCAAGAGCAUCGCCCGCCAACAGAGGUUCUACGAACUCACGGAGCGAGCCAAGGAUGCGCCCACAGCCGACCUCAAAGUGGACUUCGGAAAUGCCGCGGGGGCUAUGGCCCGACAGGGCAACAAGGUUAUCCGUUGCGAGCGUCUGGGCUACUCGCUUCCAGGCAGCGACCAACCGAUCAUUCGGGACUUCACAUUCGACUUCCAGCCGGGGACAAAGCUGGGCAUUGCAGGCCGCAACGGUGCGGGCAAGACCACCUUGCUGGACCUCAUUGCGGGCCGCAAGCAGCCCACCAGCGGCAAGCUGGACGUGGGGGAGACCUCCGUUGUUGGCUACUUGACCCAGUACCCCCCCGCCAUACGGGAUGACCUGAGGAUCAUUGACUACAUUCGAGAAAUUGCUGACAGCCGUAAAGCCAAGUUGGCGGCUGCUGGGGGUGCCAUUGAGCCCAUGGACUCGCCAGAGGUGCUCCUGGAAAAGUUGGGAUUCCCCCGCCCUCGGCAGUUCCAAAAGGUCUCUUCCCUCAGCGGGGGGGAGCGCAGGCGGCUGCACCUGGCCUCGGUGCUGGUGGAAAGACCCAACGUACUCAUACUGGACGAGCCCACCAAUGACCUGGACCUGUCCACAGUGGAGGUGCUCGAGGAGCAGGUCCGGGCCUUCCGGGGGGUGCUGUUGACCGUGUCCCACGACCGGGCCUUCAUGGACAACGUGGCGGAGCGGCUCAUGGUGCUGCAGGGGGAUGGGCUGGUCAGGAUGUUCGACGGGAGCUAUUCGGAGUACCUGGAGCUGAUGGACGAGCAGGCGGCCGCUGAGGCGGCAGCGGCGGCUUUGGAGCAGCGAAUAGCGUCUGGCAGUGCAGCUAGCAGCGGCAGCAGCUGGGAUUCCGACGGGGAAGAGGGCAGCACCAGCAGCAGUAGAGGUGGCAAAGGCAAGGGUGGCAUGGGAAAGCAGCAGCAACAGAAGCAGCAGCAGGCGGAGGCUAAGGCGUCAUCCGGUCCGACCGCGCCAUCAAAGAAACCCCGGAAGCUAGGAUAUUACGAGCAACAGGAAUACCAGAAGCUGACCCGGGAGAUCGACGAGCUCAACGCCAAGCGCGACGCCCUGAACGACCGAGUGAUGGAGCUGGCUCAGAGCGGCAGCGACCUGGCUGCGCUGGAGGCAGCCAGCAGGGAGAUGGCGGCCAUUCAAGAGACGGUGGAUGUCAAGUCGGAGCGGUGGCUGGAGCUGGCGGAGCUGGCGGGGGACAUUUAA